AUGAGGGACCGCACCCGCGAUAAACGAAGGGUACAUACGAUAUCUCGGCCUCAACAAUCCGGAACGGAGAAAAAGGACCGCCAAAAAGAUACUUGCACUGAUACAGACGCCCAGUUAGUCAACCUCUCCGAGAUGGAGAAUCCGACGAAAGUAAGACGGCCAGCUGCAAAACCUCUCACACCGGCAGCGUCAUCAGAUAUCCCAUCACCAUCUAAAAGCCGUGAGGAUCGAGCAGCGACACCAACCAUCGCCGAAGCACCCAAAACGAUCAAACGUCGUCGACCAAGGGCGGCAACAGCUUGCGACCACUGCAGGGCUUGCAAAGUCAAAUGUGACAUUGACAAGGAAGUUCCCUGCGUCAAUUGCAAGCAGAGGGACAUAAAGUGCAUUGUCACUCGGCGUUAUCACAGGAGAAGACCGCCGUUACCAACCAACACUACUUCAACCGAAACAAAUGUCAAUUCCACUCCGACAGAUCCAUCGCAAGCCAAAUUCGGAAACGCCGACACGGCAAAUAAAGUGAACGCCUUCUUAGAAACGCAUCAAGACCUGGCUCAAGACGCAUCAACAGAACCUUUGAACAGGAAAGACAUGUAUUCAUCGAGCGUAUAUAUGGACUUUAGCGAAGAUUUCGAGAAAGGCAUUUCUCACGAACAUGUUUUGCCGUCGACUUUUCAUCAACCGUCUGAUCUUGGACAAAACUUGGAACUAGGUCACCUGUUAGCCCAUCCUAUCAACCAUGAAGCAGCCGGCUACGAUGUUGGAUCGAAGUCAGAUGUUCCACGCCCCAGCCAGACAUCACUCUCUCUCGACGAAAGGAUCUACAAACAAGCGGGUUCUGAGAUCGACAUGAGCCUGUGGCCUCAUUACCAGCCUACGAAAAGUCCACUUCUACCCAAUACUGCACCCGGGCAAUCGGACGAGGUUCAACACAGCUCAAAGGAUUCUUCCCUUGGUUCGCAUCUACAGCGCUCCCUACUCGCACUGGCCUUAGAAUGCACACGUGCCAAUGUUUCCAUGAGUGAAUUUUCAGCUCAUGUCCUCGAUAAAGCACAGAAGAAAAGCCCUUUAGAAUCCCAAGCAGCAGGAAGAAUUGGAAGCUCCUGGAGCCGCUUAUUCUUUGGGGAAACCCUGCGCCAAACCCAGGCAACAUUGCGACAGAGUUUGGCUGCGGUCAAUAUGGUCCAGCAAAGUUUAUCCUUGCUCAAAGACACAGUUCUCACAGCUCCAACGAGUCCAAACCCGCAAACAAGGCGCUACGACAAGAGUCGAUUCGUGGACCCAACAACACCACCCACUGACAAGGCGUCGCCGAUAGAAGUGCCAAUAACGACAAAGGAACCAUGUUUUGUCGAUGGCGAAAUCAGGCAACAUCCACGUCGUAUCGUGGAGGAAGGCGAUGGCUUUGGCUUGUUUAAUCAAUGGGCCAACUUUAUGGCGGUAUGA